GCGGGGGGUGGUAGUAGAGAAGGAGAGAGGGGGAAAGAGAGCGAGAGGCGCUGAGAGCCCAGAGGCAGAAGGAAGGGUGCAGGCACUGCCGCUGAGAGGAGAUCGAGAGACAGGGGGUGCACUUGACAACCAGCAUGCAGAGAUGUCAGAAGAGGCAGAAGUGGAUGUGAGAGACAGACACACACAGAGACACAGAGAGCGAAAGAGGGCAAGAGACUUGACUUUAAGAGACUCCUGCACUGACAACUCCAUGCAGUUCGGAACAAGAACGGCAGCGACCGACUCUGGUUUCAUGGGGACAUGGCAGAACACUGACACUAACCUCUUAUUCAGAAUGUCCCAACAGGCCAUCCGCUGUACGCUGGUAAAUUGCACAUGUGAAUGUUUUCAGCCAGGGAAGAUUAACCUGAGAACCUGUGAUCAGUGUAAACAUGGCUGGGUGGCACAUGCCUUGGACAAGCUUAGUACUCAGCACCUCUACCACCCAACCCAAGUGGAGAUUGUGCAGUCCAACGUUGUGUUUGACAUCAGCAGCCUGAUGCUCUACGGUACUCAGGCUGUGCCUGUAAGACUGAAGAUACUACUUGACCGACUCUUCAGUGUACUGAAGCAAGAGGAGGUUUUGCAUAUUCUACAUGGCUUAGGCUGGACACUUCGAGACUAUGUUCGAGGCUACAUCCUUCAGGAUGCUGCAGGCAAGGUGCUGGACCGCUGGGCCAUUAUGUCCAGGGAAGAAGAGAUCAUUACCCUUCAGCAGUUCCUGAGAUUUGGAGAAACAAAAUCCAUCGUGGAGCUGAUGGCAAUUCAAGAAAAAGAAGGGCAGGCUGUGGCUGUGCCGUCUUCAAAGACAGAUUCAGAUAUAAGGACUUUUAUUGAAAGCAAUAAUCGCACCAGGAGCCCAAGUCUCCUUGCUCACCUGGAGAACAGUAACCCUUCCAGCAUUCAUCAUUUUGAAAACAUACCGAAUAGCCUUGCAUUCCUGCUUCCAUUCCAAUACAUAAAUCCAGUCUCUGCUCCACUGCUAGGGCUGCCUCCAAACGGCCUCCUGCUGGAACAACCAGCAAUGAGGCUUCGUGAACCGAGCCUUACAGCCCAAAACGAAUAUAAUGAGAGCAGUGAAUCUGAAGUUUCCCCUACACCUUUCAAGAACGAGCAAACAUCCAGCAGAAAUGCUUUGACCAGCAUCACAAAUGUUGAGCCCAAAACUGAGCCACCAUGCGUCUCUCCUGUUCAGACACCUACACCUGUCAAUGAUUUAUCAAAACCAGAACACACUAAAAGCUCAUUCCGUAUUCAUAGAAUGAGGAGAAUGGGGUCAGCCUCCAGGAAAGGAAGAGUGUUUUGCAAUGCAUGUGGCAAAACUUUCUAUGACAAAGGUACUCUUAAAAUCCACUACAAUGCGGUUCAUCUGAAAAUCAAGCACCGGUGUACUAUUGAGGGCUGCAACAUGGUCUUCAGCUCUCUCAGAAGCCGCAAUCGCCACAGUGCUAACCCAAAUCCUCGCCUCCACAUGCCUAUGCUAAGGAAUAACCGUGACAAAGAUCUAAUUCGUGCUACAUCAGGUGCUGCGACUCCAGUCAUAGCAAGUACAAAAUCCAGUCUAACUUUAACAAGUCCUGGGCGUCCACCGAUGGGGUUUACCACUCCCCCUCUAGAUCCUGUAUUACAGAACCCUCUUCCCAGUCAGCUGGUGUUCCCGGCUUUAAAGACUGUCCAACCUGUUCCUCCUUUUUACAGAAAUUUGCUUACUCCUGGGGAGAUGGUGAGUCCUCCAACCUCACUCCCUACCAGUCCAAUAAUACCAGCAGUGAGUGGUAUGGAGCAGCAUCCCCCACCUCCUUCAGAGUCAUCAGUGCCUUCAGUGCUGAUGCCUACCCCAGAGCCAAAUGCUGACCUUGCACCCAAGAAGAAGCCAAGGAAGUCAAGCAUGCCAGUUAAAAUUGAAAAGGAAGUUAUUGAUACUGCUGAUGAGUUUGAUGAUGAAGAUGAAGAGGUGAAUGACAGCAGCACAAUGGUGAAUAACAUUGGCCAUGACAAUCACUGCCAUUCUCAGGAGGAAAUGAGCCCAGGCCUGUCUGUGAAAGACUUUUCCAAAACUGACAGAAGCAGAUGCAUUUCCAGACCAGACAUAAGAAGAGCAGACAGCAUGACGUCAGAAGACCAGGAGCAUGAGAGAGACUAUGAAAAUGAGUCAGAGUCAUCAGAGCCCAAAUUGUGCGAAGAAUCCAUGGAAGGUGAUGAUCGUCUCCAUGAACCUGGUGAAAAAUCUAUGAUGCACAGUGACAGACCAGAUGAAAACCACAUUGAUUCUUCCAACCAGGAUGUCAUUAAGGUGAAGGAAGAGUAUACAGACCCUACAUAUGAUAUGUUCUACAUGAGCCAAUAUGGACUUUACAAUGGUGGCAGUGCCAGUAUGGCUGCCCUUCAUGAAAGUUUCGCUUCUACAUUCAACUACAGCAGCCCUCAGAAGUUUUCCUCGGAAGGUGAAAUGUGCUCUAGCCCAGACCCCAAGAUCUGCUAUGUGUGCAAGAAAAGUUUCAAGAGUUCCUACAGUGUGAAGCUUCACUACAGAAAUGUUCAUUUAAAAGAGAUGCAUGUGUGCACAGUGGCUGGCUGUAAUGCUGCGUUCCCAUCACGGAGAAGCAGAGACAGACACAGUGCUAACAUAAACCUGCACCGUAAACUGUUGACCAAAGAACUGGAUGACAUGGGCCUGGACACCUCACAGCCUUCUCUUAGUAAGGACCUCCGUGAUGAAUUUUUGGUGAAGAUAUAUGGCGCUCAGCACCAGAUGGGGCUUGACAUAAGGGAAGACACCUCCUCACCUGCUGGUACUGAGGAUUCCCAUAUGAAUGGGUAUGGCAGGGGCAUAUCAGAAGACUAUAUGGUCCUAGACCUGAGCACCACCUCCAGCAUCCAGUCCAGCAGCAGUAUUCAUUCCUCAAGAGAAUCAGAUGCAGGAAGUGAUGAGGGCAUUCUCCUGGAUGACGUCGAUGGGGCAAGUGACAGUGGGGAAUCUGCCCACAAAGCAGAUGCCCCUGCCUUAGCUGUAGGUAUGGGCACUGAUGUCCCAGGAUCCCUCAUGUUCAACAGUGUUUCGGUGAGCAACGGUGGGAUAAUGUGUAACAUUUGCCACAAAAUGUACAGCAACAAGGGGACCCUCAGAGUGCACUAUAAAACAGUGCACUUGCGAGAAAUGCACAAAUGCAAAGUCCCUGGGUGCAACAUGAUGUUCUCCUCUGUCCGUAGCCGAAACCGGCACAGUCAGAACCCCAAUCUGCAUAAAAACAUUCCUUUUGCUUCAGUAGAUUAGUUCAAAGAUGGACACAGCAUAAUGCCAGCUCUCAGAGAGGGCCCACCACAUUUGAACUGCCAUAUACAGUCGUCUCCCUUUAUAUAUAUAUAUAUAUAUAUAUAUAAAAAUAUACAUAUAUAUAUAAUCAUUUUCUUUUCUAACAGAAGAAACACCAGGUGCUUUUUUCCCCUUUGUUGGUUGUUGGGUUGUUUUGUUGUUUUAUUUUUUACAUUUUAUUUGGGAUAGAAACAAAAAGGUGGGAUCUUUAAUUUGGGAGAACAGACCCUUCACAAAAAAAGCCAACAAAACCAAGAAAUAUACCCACAGAAAACUUGCAGUUGUCCCUAGUUCUAUUAGAAUGUUCUUGGUCAUCUCCAAAAGGACAGUUUGUUUUACUCAUGACUUUUGCCUGAAAAAAAGAAUGAAAAACAACAACAACAAAAAAAAAAGCAAACAAACAAAAAGAAAAAAAAAUCUACUUAGUUGUCUUUGUGUCUUCUAUGCAUUGGGGAUAACGUUCUACUAAGCAUGGCUGUUACACUUGUAUAUAUAUAUUGAGCCUUGACAGGCCUAUGAUGUAAAACAAUUGUAUUGAUGGUGGUUUAACUCUGAUUUCUUUGCUUACUUUUUACAGUUACAUUCAGCUGUUAGAUAAACAGGAAAAAUAGUUUGCUGGCUAGUCCUACUCAUUUAUGUUAGCUUUAAUGCACAUUUUUAAAAGAACCACGGUCUUGUUUUAACUACCUGCUAGAUAUAAGUAAUACAGAGGUGCUGGCAUGCUUUACAGUACCUGAUCUAAUACAGUUUUUUUGUCUUGUACUAUUACAUAAAUCCAGUCAUGCACUUUUUCGUACACUACAAGGGGAUGUGUAAUAAUAUCCAUGCUUUUUUUUUUUUCCUUAAACUAUUGCCAUAUUUUCAGUAAGUGUCUUUAAAAAAAUACACUUAGAUAAAAGUGGUCUGGUCAGUAUGAGGGCAUGAAUGCCAAACAAAGAGUGUUAGUGUUUAGUGUUAAUACAAAAGUGCCAACUUUGCACACAUUUUGAAAAAAAGAAAAUGUAGUUAUUCACCAUUACCACAGUUGUAGUUUUUGGACUACAGGAAAAAAUACUUGGGAGGGAAAAAGGAUAAAGUGAAACACAGAAUUCUUGGUGCUUUUGUCAAGUGCCAAUUAUUACUAGAAACAAUAGUGCAUCCUCAUUCCUUAUAGAGUACAUUACAUAGAAGAAAAAAAAAAAAGAAUUGUUUCAUGUGAAUCAGUGGAAAGUUUUUUCUUUUGUCAAACAUGCAUAAUAUUUGGGGAUAUAAAUGCUGAUACUACUUGUCACAGAACAAAGAUGAAUAUAAUUUUGUGUGCUUCUUACUAUGGCCUGGAUUUUUUGUGGUGUUUAAAAAAAAGGUACAAAAAGAACAGGGAAAUAAUGUUAACUAUGUUGUUCUGUAAAGUUGUCUUUUUUUGCAAUGGAGAUUGCUGUAGUGUGAUUAAGGCAUGUUUUAUAGAAGCAAUCAGAAGAAAUUAAUGGCAGAAGCACUUAGAAGCUCUGAAAACAUAUGCUGGACUUUUUAUUGGGUAACUUUCCCUUUGGAUAAAAUUAGGGUCCAGAAAAAAAGGAUCUCUUAUUGUGUUAAUAUUUUGUGUUUCACCAACAUGGUUUUUCAGAAAAUAAUAAAAGUCCAAGAAGGAUAGCAAGAAAGAGAGUAAGAAUGGACAGGGAGAAAGAGCAAGCAGCUGAGAAAGGCAGAGAGAAAACGAGGCUGUCCUCUGAAUCUUUUGUUUCUGGUGUUUACACGUUGCUUGAGCUGGUAAACCACACUGGCAGCCUGAGUUACCACAACAUACUGACUGAGUGAUGGUAUUUACUUACGUUCAGUCUACAGCCAAAACCAUUUGGGUGUGUGUUGUAGACUCUUUUCUUUACAAAACCAAUAACAAUAACAAAGCAAAAACAAACAAGCAAACAGACAAAACCACAAGGGAUAUUCCAGUGUACAAUAAAAUAUGCCUUCAGUGAGAAUGUGUUCCUUUUCUGUAUUGCUGACCCAGAACAUUAUUCUUCUUAGCCAAGAGUCAGAAAUGCUCCAUUGUUUCAGCUUGUCAUUGUUUUGAUUUGCUGUGCAUUUUGAUUAUUCUUACCUUGAUGUCCACUUGAGUACUUAACUCAUGUUUUCUAGAGGAAACUCUUAAUAUGGAUUUCCUCAUUUUUAGUACUCUUUAUGCAUUUCAGUAUUCUUGUUUCCAAAAGUAGGAAUCAAUAGCUAAUAAAUCAGUGUUUGCAGUUGUAGAAAAUAAAAGAAAAAUCUUUCUAAAUGAAUUCUCACUAUGUUCUUAUGGAUUACAAACCUCUGAUAAUUUUUUUGAUGCUGUACACUGAUGAAGCCCGGGAAACAUUUGUGGAUCCCACAGAAACUGUAAGGAAAAUUUAACAAAAAAAAAGAAACUUUAUAGUGAAAAGCUGUAGCAGUUUCACAGACUUUUUUCUUUCAUCUUUUUUGUUUUUCCUCAAACUCUCAGCUACUUUGCCUUGUUAAAUUGAGUGGAGAGAUCUGCUUUGCUUUGGUUUAUGUUGUGCAAGCUCAGUGUGUUUGUGAGAAAGGGAAAUUAGUAAGGGUGCAUUCUUCUUAAACACAUGGACCUUUGUAGUGUUAUCUGUACUGAACUCCCGUCCCUCCUCGCAGGCUAUUAAGACAAGGAAGAUGGAAAAUCUAAAAAAAAUCCUCAACAAAAAUUGAAUGGUAUCUACAGAAAGAAAAUCUCACUGUUUCCUAGUGUGUACGUUAUAAAUAAAUAUCAUUUUUAAUGAAAAACA